GAACUUCAACAAAAUUCUCUUGCAAAGUUCCAGAAUUUUUUAAGUCAACUGAAUACAUAUCAACAUUGUAAAUACACAUUACACGGUUUUUCGUACCGACGCCUUGGUCUCCAUAUCCUGAAGGAGAUCCUCAUUAGCUGAUGAAACUACAUUGUCUCAAAAAAUUUCAACCUUCCAAUGUAUGCCAACUAUCCAGUCCCAGGCAAUGUUUCCAUGGUCGCAUCUGAGGCUUGGUUAGCGUCCGAGAAAUAUUUGAUGCUAUUGAAGGAUUCGGUACCUGACGAAGACCCACUAAUUCCAUUAGUGAUAACAUCUUCGCUUUCCAUUCAAACUGCUUGCUCAGAAAAUCCUCCACUGCCAGCUCUAGCUAAAGAAGUAUUAUGGUAUAGCCAUGAGAAGAAGUUCAAAGAACUCCACAACAUUCCAUAUUCUCCGUAUGUCAUAAGGCUUCAAGAAUUCUCCGCGCGUAUCAACAACAACGACAAUGACAAGACGCUACCCAUUCCUCUGUCCUGUGCGACCUUAUUGACGAAGAACGACUUGCAGGAUGCAAAGCAUAAACUAAUUGAGCAGUUGAUUCGAAAUCAGAUGAAGGACUUUGAUAGUACUCAUGGAACUUCUUACAAGCUCACAAAGUUACAUCAAUUCGAAGGCUUGGAAUGGUUCGACGAAUCAUAUGACAAUGCUGUCAUCGAUUUCUGUGGUGCUCGAAAGGACCAGAUUGAAUUGGACAAGCUCAGAUAUGAAGCGUGGCAAGCUGGAGCUAGGUGGAGGCACGCAUAAUAAUAAUAUGGAGACAAGUCGUUCCAUCAUUUGGACUGAGACUGGUUUUUAAUGAUCUGAUUGAUUAAAAAUUGAGAGCUUCCGAUUGCCA